AUGUCUUGCAUGAGAAGCACUAAGGAAGUAAUGCGGUCUGAAAGACGUGAACGGUACUCGUAUGGGUCUCUUCGAAAUCAUCAAGCUUGUGUUGAAGCAGUUAUGCUUUCCUUCUUAAAUCAAUUUGCUGAAAUCACCAUUAAACAGCCACUUGGCAAAUCUUCAGUAGCACUCUCCUUCAUCCCUAUCAAAACAAUCGCUUUCAGUGAAACGGACAUUAUAGACGUUGAAAAAUUUAUUGAGCAAAGACUUGAAGAAAUAAUGGUGAAUGAUCAACUUAAGGGAAUUCCAAAAGAAACUGCUAAACAACGAAAGAAAACAAACCGGUUGAUUGUCACCGUUGAUUAUCUAAGUGACUUGGUGGCAGAAAAAGGUGCGAUUUAUAAUAUGACUCGAUCAAAUGGAAAAAAUGAAACGAUGGUAGUUGAGACGUAUUGGGGAAUCAAAUUUGGAGACAUCUUUUUCAAUAAAAAGCAAAUUGAUUCAAAAGGAAGAAAAAUCAAUAGAAAAUUGUUGUCACUCGUCGGGACUAAAGUUCAAAGUUUUUGCUUGUGUGUUGACUCAGAAAACUUUUACAUAUAA